UCAGUCAAUGUCACUGUACUGUUAAGCAAAAUAUCAAUAGUAAAACAUUAGGAAUUUGCAGAAAACACCCUUAUAAUAAUUCUAAGAAAACAUUUUUCAUAUUUAAAUGUGUUACUAUAAGCUCUUAAGUGACCUGAAUUACAAUUCCAUUACUUAAAGCUACAAUGUCUGAAGUACAAAAACCUGGGGCACAGCCCCCAGUUAAGAUCGGCCACUACAUUCUGGGGCAAACAUUGGGCGUUGGUACAUUUGGAAAAGUGAAAAUCGGAGAACAUCAACUUACCAAGCACAAAGUGGCCGUGAAAAUUCUGAAUCGACAAAAGAUUAAAAGUCUGGAUGUGGUGGGUAAAAUUCGAAGAGAAAUCCAAAAUCUCAAGCUGUUCAGACAUCCACAUAUCAUUAAGCUCUAUCAGGUCAUUAGUACGCCUACUGAUAUUUUCAUGAUUAUGGAAUAUGUCUCAGGUGGUGAGCUAUUUGAUUAUAUCGUAAAAAAUGGCAAGUUACAAGAAUACGAAGCGAGGAGAUUUUUUCAACAAAUUAUCUCAGGAGUUGACUACUGUCACAGGCAUAUGAUUGUGCAUAGGGAUCUUAAACCAGAGAAUCUGCUGUUAGAUCAUAAUAUGCAUGUUAAAAUAGCAGACUUUGGACUAUCAAACAUGAUGAUGGAUGGCGAGUUUUUGAGAACAAGUUGCGGUUCGCCAAAUUAUGCAGCACCGGAGGUAAUAUCUGGGAAAUUAUAUGCUGGACCUGAAGUUGAUAUUUGGUCAUGUGGAGUUAUUCUUUAUGCUUUGCUUUGCGGUACGCUUCCAUUUGAUGAUGAGCAUGUACCAACAUUGUUCCGCAAAAUUAAGUCUGGAAUUUUUCCUAUUCCUGAAUACCUCAACAAGACCGUAGUCAGUUUGUUGUGCCAAAUGCUUCAAAUUGAUCCCAUGAAACGAGCUACAAUCGAAGACAUUAAGAAGCAUGAGUGGUUUCAAAAGGACUGUCCAGCAUAUUUAUUUCCCUCACCGGUUGAGCAGGACUCUUCUGUCAUCGACAUUGAUGCUGUUAGAGAGGUUUGUGAGAAGUUUGGUGUACAAGAAUCAGAAGUGCACAAUGCACUUCUAAGUGGAGACCCACAUGAUCAAUUAGCUAUAGCUUAUCAUCUAAUAAUUGAUAAUAAGCGCAUAGCUGACGAAGCUGCCAAGGCAGAAAUAAAAGAUUUCUAUGUAGCUGGAAGUCCACCACCGGUUAGCAUUACUCCCAUACCUGAUUUUAACAGUUCAUUAAAACCUCAUCCUGAGCGGAUUGCUCCUUUGCGAGACAGAGUGGCUGCAGCGAAUCAUGCUGCUGCAACAGGCGAUAGAAGUAGAGUGAAAAGAGCGAAGUGGCAUUUAGGUAUUCGAUCACAAAGCAAACCAAAUGAUAUUAUGAUGGAGGUCUACAGAGCUAUGAAAGCUUUGGACUAUGAAUGGAAAGUGAUAAAUCCGUAUCACGUGAGAGUGCGGCAUAAGAACAAACUGCAUGAUCGAUUUGUAAUGAUGUCUUUGCAGCUUUACCAAGUUGAUUACAAAAGCUAUCUGCUCGAUUUUAAGAGUCUGAGCAACGAAGAUGCGGAAUCAAACAAUAUAAACCCAGCGACUUUAAUGUUGGAUACAAUUCCAACUCCAGUUCAGACAGGAAACGUGACAAUGCUAAAGCCUAGCGGCCAUCACACGAUGGAGUUUUUUGAGAUGUGUGCCGCACUUAUUAUUCAGCUCGCUCGUUAAAUUAAUUCUGGUAAUGUUACUGAAUAAUCUUAGUUAGUUUAACAAGCGUUUGAAUUUCGGGUGACAUUUAAAUCCUAAAAUUUUAAACACAAUACAAUGGGAAUUUUACUCAAGCUGUUAUUGUUGUAUACAUGUAUAUAUUGUAAAUGUGUUGUUAUUUUUCAAAUGUGAUUAAGAAAAAUCCAUUGUCUUAAGAAAUAUGGCACAUUUCAUCAGUUGUCUAUUAUUUCUGCCGCAAAUUUUGCGUUAACCAACAAUUUUAGUAUUUUUAUUAGGAUUGAAGUAUUGUAAUCUUGUAUUAUGGAUAAUAAACUAUAUACGUACACACAGGGAAA